AUGAAGGUGAGUAGAGACGGAUAUUACAGUCUGGGAAAAUAGGGGAUCAGGCUAAUCACCUGUGGAGUAGUAUUGAUCAUCCGUGACCACCCAGCUCUUACUGUGGACUCGUACAGUAGUGGUUUACAGGUUUACAGUGAUGAGACUUUAGAGAAAACGAAACAUAUGGGAUAACAUGGCCGUGUGUACCUGUAUAUCAACGUAUGGUCUGUGUGUUUAGUGAACAAUUAUUAUAAAUGCAAAUAGUCCCUUGCAAAGCAAACGAUCCUCAAGUGCAUUUUAAAGUAUUACCAUGUUAAAGUAUUACUGCCUCAUUUUGAGGCGACUGUUCUGACAAUAUCUAGAUUCUUGUGAGAUCUAUAUGUAUGAAAUAGACAUAGAUUAGGGUUCUUGUGAUUGUACACAUCUGUAGUUUUUGCGGUCAGCCUGCAGGUUUAUGUAGGAAACUGGUGUGCAUUUGCAUGUGUAUGCCUAUGUGUGCGCAUGAAUGUGUCUGUGUGUGUGUUGUUGGAGAUCCCUGCCUUAGAUUAAAACUCACAAGUAACCUCUCUAAAGGCCUUUGUUGCUCUCUCACUUUAAAAUGCAAUCCACAAAGGAGAGAGAGCACCUUUUUAUACACAAAAGUGAAACAUGCCAAGUCAUUUCAUCAGUGAAACCUUCAGUGUGGCCCAGUUAUGCUUCCCAAGGUUCUUCCUCAAUGCAAACUGGGUCUAGUCCCAGUGUUUACUCUCCUGCAUGGGCCAAAUGGGCAAAACUACCUGAACACACCUCUGUCUUGCUCCCUCACACACUCAUAUACAUCUGCAUACAUCUGUUUAUAUGUCACUUCUAUAUGUUUAACUUAUCCUCUCUCUCUCUCUCUCUCUCUCUCUCUCUCUCUCUGUCUCUGUCUCACUCUGCAUAUUUCUCUCUCUCUGGGAUUUUAUUCCACCACAACUUGUAAAUGUAUGCCAACUGUCUGUCAAAUGUAAUUCUUGCACUGAGGUCAUCAUUGACAUAGAUUGUGUGAUUCAGGUUUGUGUUGCAAAGUAGGCGAUCCUCAAGUUAUACAUUUGAGUAAAUGAAUGGAGAAGGGGCUGCAGUUAGUGAUCUAUAGUUCAUCUGUGGUCUACAAAUCACUAUGAGUCUCUAUUUUGGAUAGUUUACUAUGUACUGUAUGUUACAGAGGCAUGUUGUGCAAUUAAACUGAACGUCUUUACUUCAGAUCAACAUGUUCACAACUCGUCCAAAACUCACUCACCUCCGUUCACGCACAAUGUGUCUGAUACAUUCUUAAAGCAACAGUAUUCAAUUCUCAACUGAGGUAGACACCAUAUUACUGAACAUAACACUGUAUAUUCCUGGUCAUCUUUGAUGAAACAUUGCAGGUGUUUUGGUUAUGGUUGGUACUGGCCAGUCAACUGUCAGCUCCAAGAUGUGUAUAGUCACAUUUCAAGUUGAACUGGCUUAACUUCCUGUUCUCCCACCUCUGUACUCUACCGUCCAUUCUUUGUUUCUUCUCCUCUUUGUAACCAUAUAUCCUUAUCACAAAGCAUGCUCAUACUGACCUAGAUUAGUUCUUGUUUACAAUACAUCUACGUGGAUGUCACGAUCGUCAUAAUGAGUGGACCAAGGCGCAGCGUGAUAUGCGUACAUCUCUUUAAUAGUGUACUUAGCAACACGAUACAAAUAACCAAAACAACAAAACGAAACGUGAAGUCCUCAGUCAUACACAAACCUACACGGAACAAGAUCCCACGAAUCACAAGUGCACAAAAGGCUGCCUAAGUAUGGUUCCCAAUCAGAGACAACAAGCAACAGCUGAUUCUCGUUGCCUCUGAUUGAGAACCACCCCGGCCAACAUAGAAACACAUAACCUAGAACAGAACAUAGAAAACGAAACAUAGACACAACACAAAGAAACUAACACCCUGGCUCAACAUACAAGAGUCCCCAGAGCCAGGGCGUGACAGUGGAGAGUCCACCAACCAGCACUGUCUCCAUGACUCAUGCAAAUUAUACCAAAUCUUUCUCUGUGUGUGAGUGUGUUAUUCAAAUCAACAUUUACAUACUGUGAGUGUGCACAGGAAUGCACACUCACACACUCAGUGUUGUGUGUUAUUUUUAUUCUUAUUGGAGCGAUCUGGCAUGACUUUGAUGUUCUUAAAAUUUUUCCUAAAUGAGCCAGCAUUUUCCUUUAUGAAAGACUGAUAUCAAACCCUGUAGCCUUCCAAAUUAUUUUAUGUAAUGGAAGAUUAUACAGCAAAUUAAUCAAAUAUCAAUAUGAAACCAGCUUUUUAGGUAAACUAGAAUAACUCUGGUCUUACAUAUGGAAGCACUCCAAGGCAAAUGAAACGCAAACCGUUAUCUAGCAGUUACUUAAUUUGAAGCUUUGCCAUAGAACGCUUACAGUCAGCUACAGUGUGUCUGCCUCUCUGAUGCACAUAGCCUUUGUGUCAAGCUCAGAGAUUGUAUUUGACAAAUGCUUUGACCAGAACAAAAUGCUUUGUGAAUCUCUUCCUCGCUUAUACAAGAGAGUAUCAGAGUUUGCUCUGCCUAAUUUGACGCCCCCAUUGCCUAUUCCUACGAGGAUAAGGUGACCUUCUCCCCAAAAGACACUCCUGCCAAAACCAAAACAUGGGCCCCAGGACCCUGCCAUAGAGAACCAGAACUCCCCCCCCCAUUCUCACUAAAGGUAUGUGAUUUGUGUUAAACCUCAUCUCAAAGCUCAGCCCCCAACGCCUUUAGCAACAGGGCGUCUUUAACUGUUUAGGAUUGUAAAUGUACAGUAUAUGUAUAUCUGACUUCUGGUCUUCUUCGCCCUGUCCCUCACUGUAGCCACCACCUGUUUAUUUUCCCUCCAUACAGUAUGACCCUCCUUAUCUGCAUGAUAGUGUAUUGUAUAGUGGUGUCCAUAUUAGGACAGCCUAAGUGUCAGCAGGACUUGGGUUCACUGUUGCUGAGUGUGUCAGGAAGAACCAGGUGGCAGUUUGUAGACUGUAUUGGUGUGGUGACAGAUUUGUACAGUAUUUGUGGACCAGUUGGAGAGAUUGGACAAAAUAGCCAAUACUGUAGAUACCUAACAGACUGUUUGAGACACCAGUCAUUGGUUUUUUGGGAUGUUGUUGUUUCACCAGUGAGCAGGUUUCAUUCAAUGAGACAAUGACUUAUGACUCAUGAGAGUUAUGAUGGCAGGUACUUGUGAACCACACCCACACCCGAGCCUGUGUCAUAUGACUAUCUCUGUCCCUGUGUGGGACUGACAUGGGAAUUGUGCCCACAGCACUAGGAGUGACAGUCAAACACAACUUUGUGAUGGGAGGCACACUGUGUUGUUUGUGUGUGUGUGUGUGUGUGUUCCUGAUCCAAUCUGUCAUGCCUCUCCUCUCUAGACCCUAGAAGCUCACAAUCUUACACCCUGUCACACGUUCUGCACUGAGCACAUUAUGAUCCACUUUGUCUCAUUCUCUCUCUCUCUCCCCUCUCUCUCUCUCUCUCUCUCUCUCUCUCUCUCUCUCUCUCUCUCUCUCUCUCUCUCUCUCUCUCUCUCUCUCUCUCGCUCUUCUCUCUCUCUCUCUCUCUCUCUCUCUCUCUCUCUCUCUCUCUCUCUCUCUCUCUCUCUCUCUCUCUCUCUCUCUCUCCAGACUGACACCUGGCUUGCAGAAGAAAGCAAUAUACCAUUAAAUCCUAGACAACAAGGUAAGCCAUUGUAGUGGAAUUUAUUAAUUUUGCAAUCAUAUUGCACAAGUGUUGCAUAAUAUGCAAUAUCAUACUGUCCAAUUAUACCAAUUAUAUCAUACUGUCCAAUUAUUAUUAAAUGUGUCUAUAUUUUAAAUAGCUCCAAAAUGCUGAUUGUUCUUUCUCUAUCUUCCUCUCCCUCAGUUGUAGUGCAGCCUGGUCGAAAAAGAAAGCUCAUGACGGCUCCGAAUUCCCAGAAAGAGAAGUCCUCGUCGAGGAAGAGGGUCCUGAUCACUGUGUUGAUGGUACUGGUAACGCUGGGGAUCCUGGUCACAGCUGGCUACUUCAGUGAGUCCAGCUUCAACAUCCAUCAUAACGCAUCCCAAAUGGCACCCCUAUUCCCUACAUAGUGCACUACUUUUGAACAGGGCCCAUAUGGAUCAAGAGUAGUGCAGUCAAAAGUAGUGCACUAUGUAGGGUAUAGUGUGCCGUUUGGGACACAACCCAUAUCUACACCCUCUCCUCCCCUUAGCUAACACAAGACAUACUAGUACCUCUCCCCCCGUACAAAUGCUCAAUGAUUCAAAAUCAAACUACAGCAACAUUUUUAAAUUUGAUUCCCCAAAAUGUUUGUGAAUGUAUUAUUUCAGUCAGCAAACAAUAUAUUUUAAUAACCUGUCCCUAUCUUCUGUCUCUCCUCCUCUCAUCCAUCUUCCCCCCUUCCUUUCUGUCCCCAGUCGCGCAGCUGAUCAACAGCAAUUACUUCUUCUGCUCCCGGUCGGUGAAGUUCAUUCCCCUGGACAAAGCGUGUGAUGGGAUAGCAGACUGUUCAGGAGGAGAGGACGAGCUCACCUGUGUGACCUUCAUGACUGUCAACACUACCUUCCCAGGUAAACAACAAACAACAAAAAACAUCCAAAAAACACCACCCAACCCCCGGGGAAAAAAACCCCCCCCCUCCUUUAAUCGUUUACCCUUUUUGGUUUUUAUUUUUUUUUUUGGGCCCUUUUUGUUUUCCCUUUUCCCCCCCUUUUUUUUUCCUUUUUUGGGCCCUUUUUUCCCCCCCCCUUUCCUUUUUUUCUUUUCUUUCCCUCUUUCCCCCCUUUUUUUUUUCCCUCCCUUUUUUCUUUUCUUUUUCCUCCCUCCCUCUUCUCCCCUUUCCCCUUUCUUUCUUUUUCCCCCUUUUUUUCCCUUUCUUCCCCCCCUUUUGCUUUCUCUUCUUUUUUCCUCUGGGGUGUUUCCUCUUUUCUUUUUAUUUUUUGGCGGGUUUUUUUAAAGUUUUUCCCCAAGGGGGGGGAAAGGGGGAAUUUUUUUUCUCCCCCAAAACCCCCCGGGGUUUCCCAUUACACCAAACCCUCCCUCUCUCCUCAACAAUUUGCUCUUUUUCCCUUUUAAUUCAGUUUCUCCUAAAUGUCUUUAAAAUGUCUCUCUGUCUCCACUCGUUCCCACAGUAAACCCAUCAGUAGUACCAUCUCAGUGAAGAACUUGUCCCUGUCCCUGAAGACAGGACCGUUCUCAGGGGUCAGGGUCUCAGCCAAAACCACCCCCAUUUACCAGACUGUCAUUGACCGGUAAGCAUUAGAAGAUGGGUUAUAUUGAGCCUGUUACUGUGGUGUGACUCUACUGUUUCUAGAUCUAGUUUCAACAGAAAGGUGAACGGAUCAGUAAUAUAUAUAUAUACAGUUUUUUGGUAUCAAAUAUGGAUGGAUAACUAUCUUGAUCAACGCAGUAAAUGGAGAAUUGAAACAAGUCUAAAGAAAUUUUCCCCACUUUGGUUACUUCUGUCUGUGCCUCUCUUAUGGUACUUGUCUUAUUUUUGCCAGGCCUAAAUUUAACUGCCUUGUAAAAUAAAGGUAAAAUAAAAAUAAAUGACUAUGUUGACCAUGCAGCUAUGUCUGCGUCACUGUUACACUGUUCACUAUGCAGUGUUUGUGUUGAUUCACUGGCAUCCCACUGCCACUGCUUGUAGUAAGAUGGCAGUUAGGCUCAGGCAGUUGUGACAUGGUAAAUAGAAUGCAUGACUGCCACCCUGUCUGUUUACUCUAAAACAGCCCAAGGCAAAAAAAACAAACAGAUUAAACGUCCCCUUUAUUCUCUCCUUCUGUUUCCUUUUAUUGUCUCUCUCUACUUGUGAUGCGCACCACUGCAUCAUCUCUCUCUCUCUCCUCUCUCUCUCUCUCUCUCUCUCUCUCUCUCUCUCCUCUCACUCAUACUCUCUCUCUCUCUCUCUCUCUCUCUCUCUCUCUCUCUCUCUCUCUCUCUCUCUCUCUCUCUCUCUCUCUCUCUCUCUCUCUCACUCUCUCUCUCUCUCUUUCUCUCUCGUUGUGUGUCUCUGACUAUGACGUACUCUCUGUUUUUCUGACACAAACAAUUUGGGAGUUUCUGUUCUCCCACAUCCUUGUUUCAAUAAUUAGAGGAAACAAGAAGUACGAGUAUGUUAUGUCUGACAGACACUAAACCAACACUGAAGACUAACUCUCGAAUUGGACUCUUUGUCUACCUAUUAUGUUUGGUAAUCAUGUUUUGGGUGUGUUUCUAUGCAUACAACGUGAUGUGUACAGUAUGUACCGUGUGUAUGUACUUUGUGUUGAAUUCCCCUCCUUGUUUGAUUCCAGCCAGGUUUGUAACUCAGGAUCCGUGAUCUCCCUGACCUGCUCCGGUAAGCCCUUCCCCUUCCUCUGCCUCUGAUACUCCACCUCACACUCUGUCACCCCCCUGUCCCCCUAUUCUGGACUCCCCACUCCUUCCCCUCGACAAAUAAUUGGAAAAGACUGAGUGAUAUUCAUCAUCCAAGUUCUCCAGGAGUUGAGUUAUACACAAGAGAUAGAGACAGAAAGACUGAGACACAGACAGACAGACAGACAUGUUCAAAUCAAAUCAAAUGUUAUUUGCCACAUGCGCCGAAUACAACAGGUGUAGACCUUACAGUGAAAUGCUUACUUACAAGCCCUUAGCCAACAAUGCAGUUUUAAGAAAAAAAGUGUUAAGUAAAACAAAUUGAAAAGUAAAAAAUUUAUAAAUAAUAAUAAUGAAAGAGCAGCAGUAAAAUAACAGUAGCGAGCCUACAUACAGAUGUACUAUAGAAGUACAGAGUCAAUGUGCGGAGGCACAGGUUAGUCGAGGUAAUUUAGGUAAUAUGUACAUGUAGGUAUAGUUAAAGUGACUAUGCAUAGAUAAUAAACAGAGAGUAGCAGCAGCGUAAAAGAGGGAGUGGGGGACAAUGCAAAUAGUCCGGGUAGCCAUUUGAUUAGCUGUUCAGGAGUCUUAUGGCUUGGGGGUAGAAGCUGUUAAUAAGCCUUUUGGACCUAGACUUGGCGCUCCGGCACUGCUUGCCAUUCGGGAGCAGAGAGAACAGUCAAUGACUAGGGUGGCUGGAGUCUGACAAUUUUUAGGGCCUUUCUCUGACACCGCCUGGUAUAGAGGUCCUGGAUGGCAGGAAGCUUGGCCCCAGUGAUUUACUGGGCCGUACGCACUACCCUCUGUAGUGCCUUGCAGUUGGAUGCUGAGCAGUUGCUAUACCAGGCAGCGAUGCAACCAGUCAGGAUGCUUAAGAUGGUGCAGCUGUAGAACUUUUUGAGGAUCUGAGGACCCAUGCCAAAUCUUUUCAGUUUCCUGAGGGGGAAUAGGCUUUGUUCAGACUACAAUCUCCAGCUCUGACAGUGGUGGAGAAUGCAGGCAAACUGGACAGGAUCCAGGCAACAAGCCACUUUGUAAUGGAUCAGUGCUUGCAUGAUUGUCUUACUUUGCUGACAGAUAGCAAUGCUAACUGCCAAAGGGCUAAUUUGAGUUCACCCCCACUGCAAAUUCUACAUUUACUCGUCAAACUACCUUAGUGUACAAGGCAACUCCUGAGAUGCUACCUUAGUUCUUCACAAAACUCUUCAGUGGAACUAAAAUGUCUUUCCCCUGUGUGCGUGUCAGACUGUGGAGAGCGGGGGCCAUCGGACCGUAUCGUGGGGGGUGUGGAUGCGUCUAUAGAAGACUGGCCGUGGCAGGUGAGCCUGCAGCAGAAUGGACAACACACCUGUGGAGGGUCACUGGUGUCACCACGCUGGGUCGUCACAGCAGCACACUGCUUCUCUGGGUCAGUACCACUGGACACCCAAUAGGCAGGCAGGUAGCCUAGCAUUGGGCCACUGACCGGAAGGUUGCUGGUUUGAAUCCCCGAGCCAACCAGGAGAAAAAUCUGUCGAUGUGUCCUUGAGCAAGGCACUUAACCCUAAUUGCUCCUGUAAGUCACUCUGGAUAAGAGUGUCUGCUACAUGACAAAAAUUGAAAAUUAUAUACACUGUAGAAUGUGUGAAUAUCUACUCUGGAUAUCUACAACUAGCUUAACCAGACAUUAACGAUCUAACUCUGACCAUCCAACGUGGAAAAUCCCACAAAGUCUGCAAUCGUAUAAUAUGCUUAAGCAUCUGGAGAUAGAGACAGAGGCCUUGCUGCUAACCCCUGUAUCUCUUUCCUCUCCUGGUCCUACAGUAGUAAGAAGGAGCUGAGUCGCUGGCUGGUGGUGUCUGGGAGGACUUACAUGGGCUCCAUGGGAGGCUCGUAUGUAGACAGGAUCAUACUGAAUGGAGACUACAACGCAGCCCGCAAUGACUACGAUAUGGCCAUGAUGAGGCUGACCAAACCCAUCACUGUAGGAAGUAUGUCACUUCCCCAACGUUACAUUUUAGCAACACACAGACUGUGGUACUGAAUUUGCUGGACAAUUCCAGGUUUCUCAAAGGCUAGACAUAACAAAAGCCCCACAUCGACCUAUUCUGGUUUUGAAUGACUUACCAUGAAGAACAUUUCUCAGCACUCUCAAAAAUGAAUGGUACAGCACUACAUAAUGAUAUGGAAAUAUGUACUUGUAAAAGCAGUUUGAUUCGAGGAAGAGAGAAUGCAUUCAUGGUAGAUUCUGACCUCUAGUGGCCAAUUUAUCAAACUGUCCAUUUCAAUGGGUCUUGCAACAUGGGAAAUCCCUCUAGGGAAAUACUGUACAUUUAGAUUGUAAUGAGAGUAGGCUGUGAUUUAUUUAUGAAGAAGUACAUUUACAGUUAUGUUUCCUCCACCAGACACUCGUCGGCCCGUGUGUUUGCCCCCUAAGAACCUGGGCCUGAAGGCAGGAGACUCUAUGGCGGUGACAGGCUGGGGCUACCUGGAGGAGAAGGGUGAGCAUACAGCAAACAAUACUACCCCUUCCCUUUUAUCACCCUCUUCAUCUCUAUCCAAUAAGCACAUACACUCAAAUCAUUCUCACAUAAUGUUAAUAGUCACUUUCUCCUCUUCUCCUUCUCAUCACUCUGUCAUCUUUUCUCUCUCCUCAGGUAAAGUGUCUCCUGUCCUCCAGAAGGCUACCAUUCCCCUUAUAGACAGUGAUCAGUGCUCCAGUCCCACUGUCUACGGUUCCUCAAUUACUCCCAGGAUGCUUUGCGCUGGUUACCUGGAGGGCAAAGUGGAUGCAUGUCAGGUAUAAAGUAGAAUGUUUGCUUUGAGAAAAACAGAAGAGAAACUAAGAUAGAUUUUGGCGUGAAUACAUUCAAUGCCUUGUCCUGUAAGAAAAUAAAUGGGAAGACCUUAUAACACUCUAUUGAGUAUUGAAUAUCCACCCUCAACUUUGGCCACUGGCAUACGUGUAUAGUGUGUAAUUCCAGUGUACCUAAUGCCAUUGUGGGGUCAUUUGUUGUAGGGAGACAGUGGUGGUCCUCUGGUGUACCUGUCAGGACAAUGGCAGCUGGUGGGGGUGGUGAGUUGGGGGGUCGGCUGUGCCAGAGAGGGUCGACCAGGGGUCUACUGCAACGUGGACAGUAUGCUCAACUGGAUCCACACUGUCAUGGAG